CAACAACAACAACAACAACAACAACAUCAAAGUUGGCAUACACAACACAAAGUUGUUGAAAAACGGACCCCAACCACCGCAGCCCCCGAAACAACCAUCACCAUGUCAUUCUCCUGGCACAGAAACAAAUUCGCGAUACUUUUCCUGAUAUGCUGCACAGUGUAUUCCACAGAGUCACGCUAUCGCGACAAAGAGCGCAAACGACCAGAAAAAUCGGAUCGCCUCUACAGCCAACCCGCCCAACCCAGCACCCAGGAACAAAUUAAUCUCUGCUCCCGACGAAGAGAUAUGAAAUUAAUGUGCUAUUGCACCCCCGACGAUUCCGCAUACAUGCCCGUUAACAAAGCCGAAUGUUGGAUAUUCCAAAAUGGCCUCCAUCAAAACGACACCACCUGGCAGCGAUUCUAUCAGCAAAAGAAGCUGCGCCAUUUGAAAUUCCUCGUCCAAAAUACCGGUUACCUGGACUACAUACCAACCAAGUACUUGGAGAUGCUAACCAAUCUAACUACCCUCAGCAUCGAAUACUCGCAAAUUCAAGUGGUCAAAGGCUAUGCGUUCGCUAGUUUGCCAAAUCUGGAAUUGAUUACACUGACGAAUAAUCUCAUUGAAAUUAUCGACAAGGACGCCUUCGCUAAUCACAUCUUUUUGCGUGAACUCAAUUUGAUGCGUAACCAAGUGACCGAAAUGGAUCGAUAUGCAUUCCGUAAUUUGCCAGUGUUGCAAAAACUCUAUCUUAGUUGGAAUAAUAUUUCGAAUUUGCACGAGGAGGUGUUUAGUGAGAUGGGCAAAUUGGAGGACCUGAGUUUGGAGCACAAUUUGAUAUCGGUGCUGACGGGUGACAUGUUCAAGGGGUUGGGCAAUUUGAAGACUUUGAAACUAACGCACAACAAUUUGAAUUUCAUUGGGGAUACGGUUUUUGCGGAAUUAUGGAGCUUGCAAGAGCUCGAAUUGGAUGAUAACCGUAUCGAGCGCAUCUCUGAACGUGCAUUAGACGGUCUAAAUAAUUUAAAAACUCUAAAUCUACGAAACAAUGCCCUGAAAAAACUCGACAACGGCCUACUACGUGGCACACCAGCUCUCCUUUCAAUUAACUUGCAGGAAAAUCUUCUGGAAACACUGACGUAUUACAAUUUCCAGCCAAUUAUGGAUAACUUGGUUAAUAGUACCAGUGAGCUAUCCGUAUCAGACAACAACUUCAUUUGUGACUGUCGACUCCAAUGGAUAUUCGAUCUACGAAAUAAAACCCGAAACAUUAAUCUGAAGGAGUCCCUGGAGGAAAUCGUCUGUACGCUGUACGAUGACAAAAAGAACAAUAUGCCGCAAGGACUCUUGAACAUCGACAACAACGAUGUCCUCAUGAUGAAUGCGAUCCGCGGCGAUAGGCCAGCCAUAGGUACUGGCAGCAGCAGUAUUGUCCAGCCAGGUAUAACCAAGCAACACCGACAGCAAUACAGACGUCAUCAUCAACAGCAGCAGAACCAACAAUCGUCCUUGGACUUGUAUCCACAUCAGAAACAAUCCCAUUCAGCAUUGGUAGCUGGCAUUGGCGGCAGCAGCAGCAGCAUCAGCAGCAGCGGUAAUGAGUUUGGUAAUAGAAAUCGUGCUUCGGCUGCAUCGUCGUCGUCGUCAUUGGAACAACCCGGUCGUGAGUAUUAUGUCAAUGAAGCUCCGUAUGUUUUCGAUAACGAUGCCACCAAUGCCGAUGACGGCAUCGCUGGCAACCCCAACAUUGACGACGACCACGACGACGAUGACGACGACUUGAACACGGACAAUGCAAUUGGAAUUCAUAGGUCACGGCAAUUGCAACAGCCACAACAGCACCAGCCGGUACAGCACGAUGCCAGAGGUGUUGGACGUGUUGUCGAACUUUUAAAAUUAAGAGCCGAAACGCUGCCGUGUCCGGAGGAGCUAAGCGACCCCACUGAACUGCCAUUGUCACGGGAAUCGAUUGGCAUGGAUGUGCGUGGCACGCAUUCGGCCAGCAGUUGCCAGAGUAUCUUUUCCCAUUGGUCCUUGUUGUGUGUCGUGCUUGUAUGGUCGGCUGGAGGACCACUCGUCGGUGGAACGAUAACUUUACGUUUUUGGUCGUAGAUUUAUCGUUCAUUGAUUUCUAGGUUUUAUUAGAAUGUUUUUUUUUUUUUUUAACUCAUUUUUGUCUCAUGUUUUUUAUUUUUUUUUUGUUUUUGAAAACCGAAUAAGAAUAA